CAAGUAGUGCAAUGUACCAUCAGAGGGUGGAACGAAGUAGUGAAUAUCCAAUAUUUUGAUAUAGUGACCCAUACUUUUCCCAAGGUCAGAAUCAAGCUUACUUUAAUCCAUCAACAGGAAAUAGUCUUUGGAUUAGUCAUCAUUUGGAAAACCAUCAUCUGAACUCUUUGUUUACACUAAAGACUGAUGGCAGGUCGCAGUGGUGCUCAAAGGCCCAAUGGAGCAACACAGGGCAAAAUAUGUCAGUUUAAACUGGUAUUACUAGGGGAAUCUGCAGUAGGAAAAUCAAGUUUAGUUCUAAGAUUUGUCAAAGGACAGUUCCACGAGUACCAGGAGAGUACCAUUGGAGCUGCAUUUCUCACACAGACAGUCUGUCUUGAUGACACAACAGUUAAGUUUGAAAUCUGGGACACAGCAGGCCAGGAGAGGUACCACAGUCUGGCCCCUAUGUAUUAUAGAGGUGCACAAGCUGCCAUAGUUGUUUAUGAUAUCACAAAUCAAGAUUCAUUUGCCAGAGCAAAGACUUGGGUGAAGGAACUUCAGAGACAAGCCAGCCCUAAUAUAGUGAUAGCGCUAUCAGGAAAUAAAGCCGAUUUGGCUAAUAAACGGAUGGUAGACUAUGAGGAAGCUCAGGCGUAUGCAGAUGAAAAUAGUUUAUUAUUCAUGGAGACAUCGGCCAAAACUGCCAUGAAUGUAAAUGACAUUUUCUUGGCAAUAGCCAAGAAACUCCCCAAGACAGAGCAAGGUGGUCAACAGCCACAAAGGAACCAAGGAAUGACUAUCACACAAGAAAACCAGCAAUCCAGUGGUGGGUGCUGCAAGUCCUAGACAAACUGUGCAGUAUGGACUACAUUGAAAAUAGCCAUAUGCAGUUGAAUAAAUGGAACUGGUUCUAUAAAAAGUCAUGCUUAUAUAAAACAAAGUGAGAUCGUCCAUAGUAACGAUUUCAGGACAAUGUGCAAUUCCACCUGGUAUGACGUUGACAAAGUUUUAAAGGACCAGAGGGAAGUGAUUUCCACCAUAUCAUUAUCAUGUCAUUACUUCACUUUACUCUAAAAGAGGACUGUAUCACUUAGUCUGUUUGACAACAAGAGUAAAAUCUAAUGUAUGGUAUUGUGGAUAUUGUAUAAAAAAAGGACUAAAUUGUGUGUGGCAUAGCCAGUUUGAAAUCUGUCUCUGCCAGAGUUUGAGGUGAGAGCUCUUAGUGAUUCAGAUUUCAAAUUGACCAAACAUGAUAUUCUUUUCCAUGUAUACAGAUUAAUUAUUAACGACAAGAAAAGAAUAUUGCAUGUAAUAAUAUCCUUCACUUCUACUUAGCUCUAGUGCAGGUUUGCAUGUCGGAGGUUUGUACAGUAACUAAAUUGGCAUGCAAGCUUGUUGUAUUUUUGUCUGUAGUCAUUGCACAUUGGAGGCUUGGUUUUACUUAGCAGAUUACAAAGCGUGCUGUAUGCAGUCCCAUUUAAAUUUAUGGAGUGAUACACAAAGAAUUAAAAAGAUUGUCGAAUUUUAGUAUGUGGACAUCAAUGACAGAUUUACUUCAACUUGUAUGAUAAACCAUUUCGCUCAUAAACCGGUUCCAGAUACAGAAUUGUGUUAAACUGCUAAUAAGGGCCAUUUUAUUGCAGAGUGGCAAUUCCAUUGAAGAGAAUAUGAUCCACAUUUUCUUAAGCCAUAUUAAGGAUGGACAUUUUGGACUUUGCAUUAUACUUAUUAAGUAAAAGUUGAGGGAAAUGUUAAAAGCUGUAACCAAUGCUGGUUUGGUUUGUAUCAAGAAGUUGCGCUGCAUAUUUCUGUAAAAAACAUUUAACUAUUUUAUUUUCAGCUCAUUAUAUUCUAGAUAUAUUUCAUCUCGAUUUCAUAUUUCACCAAACUCCUUAACAGCAAAUCAAAUGAAUUGACAGGAUUUAGAUGGAACUAAAUUGGGAAGGGUUUGGAAAAUAUUUAAAUUUACACUUUUGUGGCAUUUUCCACAAGUUUUUGUGUAACUAACCCAGUUGAAUAAUUUGAAGAGAUUUUUAUUGACUGUAAGUUAUGAAAUGGUGUAUGUAUAUAUAUUUUCAACUUGACAUAGUGCAAGGUGCAGAGAUAUUGCAUCUAAAGAAAGUGUUCAAAAGUGAAGCGAUCAAGCUGGAAGUAUUAAUAAUGUAAAAUAAAUAUGGGUCUUGUAUGUAAAUAGAAAGAUGUUGGAUGUAAGUAUCAAAUAAUGCUGUUCCAUAUCUUAUAUAUCAAUAAAUCUUGCCUCACUUGC